AAAAAAAACGCUAUCUACCGCUUCCAAGUUCUACAAGAACCCAUUCCCUCCCUCACUCUUCUUUACUUCUCAAAAGCUCUCUCUCACUUCAAACCUCUUUCUCCUCUCUCUCUCUCUCUCUCUCUCUCUCACUUAACUUAAUACAAAUAACCAUUCACUCCAAACACACACACACAAAUGGCAAUUGAAAACCAAGAGACCACUGUCAGAGAAAUCAAGCCAAAGAACAGAAGAAUCAUGGGUGCUGGAGGUCCUGAUGAUGAUGAUGAUAACAGGUGGCCACCAUGGUUGAAACCUUUGUUGAAAGAAAGUUUCUUUGUUCAAUGCAAGUUACAUGCUGAUUCUCACAAGAGUGAAUGUAACAUGUAUUGUUUGGAUUGUAUGAAUGGUCCUCUCUGUUCUCUCUGUCUCGCUUAUCACAAAGACCAUCGAGCUAUUCAGAUUAGGAGAUCUUCUUACCAUGAUGUGAUAAGGGUAUCUGAGAUUCAGAAGGUGUUGGACAUUACUGGGGUUCAAACCUACAUUAUUAAUAGUGCAAGGGUUGUGUUCUUAAAUGAAAGGCCACAACCUAGGCCAGGAAAAGGUGUCACAAACACUUGUGAAGUUUGUGAGCGUAGUCUUCUUGAUUCUUUCCGGUUCUGUUCUCUUGGUUGCAAGAUUGUAGGAACAUCUAAGAAUUUCCAGAAGAAAAAGAAACAUUCAGCAGCAAUGGCAUCAGAUUCUGAGGAAUCAUACAGUGGCAACAACAACAUCCAUAGCCGUCAGAUGAAAAUCAAAUAUCAAAGCUUCACACCAUCUACACCACCCCCAACUUCAGUUAAUUACAGAACAACCAAGAGAAGAAAGGGAAUACCACAUAGAGCCCCAUUAGGGGGGCUAGUUAUAGAAAAUUAAAUAGUUGGUAUUUUUAGGUUAUUUGCUAUAAUGCCCCUGAUAUAUGUAUACUUAUGCAAGUAAUGUCUUUUUUAUUUUAUUUUUUUAAUGUUUUCUAGUGGUUUUGUGUAUAUUGCAAAAAUCCAAUAGAAGUGGGAAAAGUUUAAUGGGGCAGUAGAAAAUAAAGACACCUGUGAAAUAGUUGGUGGUGCAUUAAGCAAAAAAGAAUGGCGUACCCGUGCGGGUAGCAAAAACAAGUAAGUUUCUCUUUAUAUAUAGGUUUGGUUUACUAGAAUAAUUAUACCUAAGUUUUGGGGUUGAAAGGUGUGAAUAGUGGUUUAGUAAAAAGUGUGGCAAGAAAGGAAAUGAAAAUGUACUCCUUCGAAAAAGGUUAUGGAAAUAGAAAAAUAAAAGAAAUCUUAUUAAAUA